AUGUCUACUGACCGCGUUCGCCAGCGAGGCAUUACAAUCUAUAGACCCAUAAUAUAUGGCAAUGUCGCUGUCGCCUUGACCGAUGAGGAGCGGGCCAAGUUGCCUGCAAAGGACCACACGCAUAGAUGGACGGUCGCCGUCCGUAGCGCUGCCAAUAAACCUGGUGCAGACCAGGUAGGAGGCGCAGAUGACUUGAGCUACUUUAUAAAACGUGUCACUUUCAAGUUGCACGAUACAUAUCCCAACCCGACGAGAAAUAUCGACAAGCCACCGUUCGAGCUAUCAGAAACAGGAUGGGGUGAAUUCGAAAUCGGAAUCCGUAUCACCUUCAUACCAGAGGCAACCGAAAAACCCAUGGUCCUGGCUCACCACCUCAAACUCCAUCCAUGGACAGCAACAGGCGAAUCAGAGAUCCCACCUCUCGACGUAGCCAUCAAACACGGGCCCGUCCACUCCUGGCAAUACGACGAAAUCGUCUUCAACGAUCCUUCAGCCCACUUCCUCAACAUCCUCACCCAACACCCUCCUACGCCCCUCCCAAAAAUAAGACGAAACCCCGUCCCUUUCAAUAUCGCAAAUCUCGCUUCGUUUGAAGAUUCGAAAGGCGGGACACCAGAGUUUUACUCGGGGAUGAUCCAGGAGGAGGCUGAGCGGCUGGAAGAGGCGCGGAAGAAGGUUAUUGCUGAGCAGGAGCGUUUGAGGACCGAGUUGAUUGAAAAGGAGAAGGAAUUGGAACGGCUGAAGAAACAGCUAAUAGCUAAUGCUUGA